AUGGACGACGAACCUGAGCGAACGAAGCGCUGGGAAGGAGGCUACGAGAGAACAUGGGAAAUUCUUAAAGAGGAUGAAUCCGGAUCGCUGAAAGCGACCAUCGAGGACAUUCUUUUCAAGGCAAAGAGGAAAAGACUCUCUGACAGCCAUGGACAAGUUCGACUUGGAAUGAUGCGUCACUUGUAUGUUGUUGUUGAUGGAUCAAGAACGAUGGAAGACCAGGAUUUAAAACCAAACAGGUUUACCUGCACUCUGAAGUUACUGGAAUAUUUUGUUGAAGAAUACUUUGACCAAAAUCCUAUUAGUCAGAUUGGCUUAAUUGUAACAAAGAGUAAAAGAGCUGAAAAAAUGACAGAACUUUCAGGUAACUCAAAAAAGCACAUAACUGCUCUGAAGAAAGCCGUGGAUAUGAACUGCAGUGGAGAGCCAUCUCUAUAUAAUUCCCUAAAUUUGGCCAUGCAGACUCUAAAGCACAUGCCAACACAUACAAGCAGAGAGGUUUUGGUAGUCUUCAGCAGUCUGACAACAUGUGAUCCAGCCAAUAUCUAUGACCUAAUUAAGUGUUUAAAAGCAGUUAAGAUCAGAGUGUCUGUCAUUGGCCUAAGUGCUGAAGUUCGAGUUUGUACAGUACUUGCCCGAGAAACUGGAGGAACAUACCACGUUAUCUUAGAUGAAAGUCAUUACAAGGAACUCCUGAUGUAUCAUGUUAGUCCUCCACCUGCCGGUUCAAACUCUGAGUGCUCCCUUAUUCGAAUGGGUUUUCCUCAGCAUACUACUGCAUCUGCAUCUGACCAAGAUGCAAAGCCAUCCUUCAGCAUGGCACAAUUGGAAAACAACAAUGAGCCAGGUCUUACUCUGGGUGGAUAUUUCUGUCCCCAGUGCAGAGCCAAAUACUGUGAACUUCCUGUGGAAUGCAAAAUCUGCGGUCUUACGUUAGUGUCUGCUCCUCACCUUGCUCGUUCUUACCACCACUUGUUUCCCUUGGAUUCCUUUCAGGAAGUUUCCCUGGAAGAGUAUCAGGGGGAACGGUAUUGUCAAGGCUGCCAGGGAGAAAUAACAGAUCAAAAUGUUUACAUAUGCAAAGUGUGUCAGAAUGGAUUAUGCGUGGAAUGUGACUUGUUUGUUCAUGAUACCCUGCACUGCUGUCCAGGCUGCAUUCAUGAGCACCCUGUUCCUGUGUCCCUAUGAUGUCAUCUUCUUUAGAACUCAUCAUGCCUAUGUCAUUCUUGCACACAUAUAUUCUGCUUAAUCAGCCAUAGCUUUCACUGAGGCACCUCAAAACAAGAAGGACCUAGAUUAUAGAAAGAUGAACACUGCCUUGGGAGCAAAAUUUUAAC